AUGGAGAAGAUAGAAAAAUUAGAGAUGAAGGGCGCAGAGGAGAAUGAAGGCAGGGAGUUGAUAGGGAAAAUGAAGGAAAUAGAAAAAAGUGUGGAGAUGACGGAAAGAAGAAGGAGAAAAAAUAACAUAAUCGUGAAGGAGAAGUUAAGAAACGUUAAAGAGAGAAAAGAGAAUUUCGAAAAGUUGAUGGCAGAACUAAAUACUACAGAAGGAAGCAUAGAAGAAAUACAAGAAAUAGGAUACGGGGAAUACAAAAUUAGACUCUUGAAAUGCAAAAACUGGGAAGUUAAAAGAGACAUCAUGAAGAAAAAGAAGGAACUAGGAAGGAAAUAUGGAAGCUUUCUGGAUGACGAUCUCACCAAACAGGAAAGACAAAUACAAACAGAGAUAAAAAAGAUAGCAGACUGGAGGAGAGGGAAGACUUUCAUAGGUCACAACGAAGAGAAUGAAAACAAAGAAUGCGAGGAGGAUGAGGAAGAUAGAGACUUUUGGGAUGGGGUAAAAAAAUGGGAUGUGAUUAUUAUGAUGGAGACAUGGAUGGAUAAGAAAGGAUGGGAGAAGAUGAAAGAGAAACUACCAAAGGAAUUUGGUUGGAGAGUACAAAUAGCGAAUAAAAGGAAUAAGAAAGGUAGAACAUGCGGAGAAAUGCUAGUAGGUAUAAGAAAAGGGUUAGAAGAAAUAAAGGAGGGUAGAGGGAGGGAAGAGGAGGAAAACAGGGUCGAAGUCAAGCUAAGAAUAAAGGAGGAAAUAUGGAAAAUAAUAGGAAUAUAUGUAAACAAAGACAUUGAUAAGAAGUUAGAAGGUUUGAAUGACUGCAUAGAGGAGGGAAAAAUAGGAGUAAGGACCAUAAUAGGAGAAUUUAUAGAAGAAAGAGGAUUGAUGAUUUUAAAUGAUGGCAUGAAGGGAGACGAAAAAGGAGAAUACACAUACACGGGAGGAAAGGGUGAAACAGUAAUAGACUAUAUUAUAAGUGAUGAGGAUAGCAGAGAAAAAAUAGAAAGACUAGAAAUAGGGGAUAGAGUAGAAUCAGACCAUCACCCUCUAAUACUGUGGAUAAGAGGCGGAGCGAAGAGAACACAGAGAGGGGAAAAGAUAGAAUUGACAAGAAGAAGAGGAAUAUGGAGCGAAGAAGGAAGAAAACACUUCGUUGAGAAGUUAGGAAAAAUAGGAGGAAACAGAAAAUUGCAGGAAGAGAUAGAGGAGGGGGUGUCGAAGAUAAGAGGAAUACUAAAGGAGAAUGAAAAGGGGGAGGUCAGGGGUGCUAAUAAGAUCAGAAGAAGAUGGUGGGAUGAAGAAUGCAAGGAGAAAAAGAAAGAAGCGAGGGCAGAAUUAAGAAAGUGGAGAAAGGGGAAAGGGGAAGUAGAAAGAUAUAGAGAAAGGAAGAGGAAAUACAGAGAAGUAUGUGAAAGAAAGAAAAAGGAAGAGAAGGAAAAGAUGAUUACAGAGAUAGGAGAAGCGAGAUCGGAAAGUAAAGUAUGGGAACUGAUAGGUAGAGUAAGGAAAAGAAAGAAAAGGAUAAACGAAGACAUAGGGCUGGAAAAGUGGAAAAAAUAUUUUAUGGAGCUAAUGGGAGGCGUGGAGAACAGGGUAGUGAAAGGAGAAGGAGGGAGGGACAGACAAGACGAGGAAGAGAUAGAGUUAGAGGAGGUGAGAAAUGUAAUAAAGAAACUAAAAACAGGAAAGGCAAUAGGUAAGGACGGAAUCCCGAAUAAAGUAUGGAAAUAUGGAGGAGAAGAGAUGGUGAGGUGA